AUGAUUAAAAUAUUAGCUCAAAUCAAAGAGUUGGUUGAAAGAAUCGAUAAUGAGGAGAAAUCAAUUGGACCAACAGUAACAGACUUGAAACAAUUUGAAAAGACAUUCAACAAUGUAAAGAAAUUGAUAGAUUUACAAUCACAAUUGAAAAAGGUGGAAGCUGCUCCAAUGAGUGAACAACAGGUAGUCGAUUCAUUCACCAAGUGGUUGUCGGAUAAUGGAUGCAAGGAGGCAUUUGACAAGGUCAAGAUUGUCCGUGGAUUGACCGAGGGUAGUGGAUUGGUCGCAUUGGGUGACAUUGGAGAGGGUGACGAGUUUAUCGCUGUGCCAUCCAAGUUGUUUAUGACUCAAGAGACUGCAAUCAAGUCGAUUGGAGAAAAGGUGAUUCGUGAGCCAUUGUUCCGAUACAUCCCAUCGCUCUUAUUGACCGUACACCUCAUUCAGGAGCAAUUGAUUAUGCCAAAGUCUUUCUGGGCACCGUAUAUCCGUAUGUUGCCACGUACAUACCGCACCAUUCUUCAAUUUACAAUGGAUGAUUUCCGCGCACUCUUGGGAUCAGCAGUGCUCGAAGAGGCCAUUUCAACAUACCGUAAUACUUUGCGUCAGUACUGCUUCCUCUACGACUUUUUCAACAAGACACCUGAUAACCCCAACGACUCUACCAAGAUCAAGUUGACCCUCGCUGCCGGUGGCGACCAAUCUGUCUACCACGACAAGCUCCACGUCCUCGAAGAACGCGGUAUGGGUGCCUCUAUGAACAUCACUCUCGAAAAGAAACCAUCCCAAUCACUCCCUGACCCUCUCAUCCCAUUCUUCCGUGUCGUCGCACUCACCAAAGACGAGUUGGCAACCGUCGCUCCCAAAUACGACGACAGCACCCAACACAACCAUACCCCACAAGACGCUGCCUAUUUCCGUCCAUACCUCAACGAAAAGGCUUACGAAAUACUCAAUGAAAAUAAUGAAGCUGCCGCUUACAAAUUGGCAAUUGAUUAUCUAAGAAAGAAAUUAAAUACUUAUUCUCAUUCAAUUAAUGAUGAUGAAGAAGCAUUGGCAAAGAAUCCAAGUGACUGGAACAAAUAUUUAAUUUAUCUAAGACUCUCUGAAAAGAAAAUUAUUCAACAAUAUAUCAAUACUUUGACAGAUAUUGUCAACACUGGUGUAAUGCAAGCAGACUUGCCCAAAAAUAUUUCAACUCCACCACCUCCACAACCAGCUCACGGUCAUUCACAUGGUGGUAAACCAUGUCACGGUCAUGGUGGAAAUGAUGCUCAUGGACACGGUGGUAGUGGAAAUGAAUCAUCAUCACAUGGACAUUCUCAUGGUGCCGCUCCACAACAACAACAACAACACGGUCAUUCUCAUGGUGGUCAACCAUGUCAUGGUCAUGGUGGAAAUGAUGCUCAUGGGCAUUCUCACGGUGCUGCUCCAUCUGCUGUUCCAUCACAACCACAACAACAACAACAUGGUCAUUCACAUGGUGGCCAACCAUGUCAUGGUCAUGGUGGAAAUGAUGCUCAUGGACACUCACACGGUGGAAAUUAA